AACACUGUUUCCAUCGCCUCCCGCUGUGCCCUUCGACUCAUCCCAUGACCACCGCCACACCGCCAUCAGCGGCGGAUCUGACCAACAAGUCAGCCCUUGGCUGCCUCAAGCAAGCGCUUCUCCACCGCAAGUUCGGCCUCUUGUGUCUGAGGGCGUCCAAGCAUGCCCUGUCGGCCAAGCAUCUACAGACAUCCCUCGACGCUCUCCCCACCGCCGACACGGCCUUCCAUCUGGGCCUGGCCUACUAUGGCUUGCGGCCCGACCGCCUUGCCGACGCUGAGCGGGCCUUUGAGACCGCCACCCGCCUGGACAGCGGGAUGAGUGGCGCUUAUGUGAAUCUGAUGGUGCUGAAGAUGCUGCAGGGCGACGACGAUGGGGCGACGGCAAUGGCUACACGGGCACUGGAGAUCAAGAGUGACUGCCCAGAGGCCGUCAUGAACCUUUCUAACAUCCUCAGGUACGGGGAUGCACCAUCAAUAGAUGUGUGUGUGUGUCCCUGACCAGGUGUGUGUCUGUGUGUCUGGUCAGGUCUCGAGGCGCUCGCGAGGAGGCCAUCAGCUUGGUGUGGCGACACAUACAAGAUUUCCACCCGCACCACGAGGCCCAGCGGGAUUCUUCGGCUGCUACCAUUGAUGUGUCCGAGAUGCCGAGUGACGACGGCUCCUUAGCCGACACGCCUGUUGCUGUGGUGUGCGUCAAGUGGGGCAAGAGGUACCCUCCCUGCUAUGUGAAUCGACUCUUCUGGUGAGCAACAGGAUGAAGCCGACUCAUGGAAGGGUACAUGCUUUUCUCAUUUGCUGUGGUUGUCAGGGGUGUGCGUCGUUCCCUAAGCGGCAGCUCCUUUUCGUGGGAAUUUCGGUGCUACUGUGACGACGGUGAUGGGCUGGCCGACGGCAUCAAGACACACCACCUGCCGCCUCACCUGACAGGAUGGUAGCCGCACACAGACAGGGGCUCCUGACCACAAAUAGAUUGGCGUCUGCGUGUGUGUUCAGGUGGGGCAAAAGCUAUCUGUUCCAUCCAGAUGCUCAGCUCGAGGGCCGCCGGUGUGUGUACAUCGACCUCGACACCGUCGUCACGGGACCCCUGGAGCCCCUGAUGGCCGCAUACAGGGGGGCGUUCGGCCUCUUGGGCACAGAUGACAUCCACUGCGAACUCGCCAAGGGCGGAUACAACUCAAGUGGGCCAAGAACACCUGCCCUUCAUGUCGCGUCCAUCCAUCCAUCCAUCCAUCCACCGUGUGUUGUGUUGUUCAUGCAGGUGUGAUAAUCUGGACCGGCCAAGCAUCCCUGCGCCCCAUCUCCACCGCCCUCACCCCCGCUGUGCGCCGCUAUGUGCACCGAUUCGACCACUGGCUGGAGAUGAUGGUCGCGCACGCGCACCUCCUCAACCAGCUCCCUCUGCCGCAUCGCAUCGUCGAUUUCUGCCAGACGUUCCGCACUGGCGCGCCGCGACCCCGGUGUGUCUUCAUGACCGGGGAGAGCACAGCAGAUGGCGGCCCAUGUGAAGACAAUAGUGGGGCGGGAGAGGGGGUUGCGGAUGGAGAGAGCGAGGGCGGUGCUGUGUGUCUGCCAGCUGAUGUGUGUUUGGUGACAUUCCCCAGGAGCCCCAAGCCCCAUGAGGUGGCGGAGAUCCGAGAGAGCAGACACGACUGGGUCAGGCAGCAUUGGUGCGGUGACGAUGUGGCAAGUGGUGGCAUUUUGCCAGAGGUGUAGAAAGUCGAGCGGUCUUUUGGCUUGGCGCUUAGGCCGUGCUGAUGCGUAGGUUGCUGCUUCUGUGAG